AUGUCGUCCCGAACAAUCAACAAUAUCAGGUAUGUGGAUGCCACGGAACUCUUCCAAUGGUUAAAGCAGGGAUUAACAUCGCUAGGAUACCCAUUCAGAGUAAUAGAUGUUCGUGGCUCUGACUACGUUGGAGGCCACAUCAAGGGUUCGUGGAACUAUCCCUACAAAAGAUUAAGCCAGGAUGAAAAUGUGAUGAACGAGCUCAGAACAAGGCUGGCAGAGGCAACAGUCAAUGACGAGGUGAUGAACGUGGUUUUCCAUUGCGCUCAAUCGCAGCAGCGUGGACCUUCGGCAGCAAUGAAGUUUUUGAGACACCUAUCUGACCAGGAACUAGACAAAUUCAAGAUUUGGAUUCUCAGAGAUGGCUUCAACCACUGGCAAGAUAUCUACGGGGCAGACGCCACUGUUACCGAGGGCUACGAGCCAGAUCUGUGGUCCUGGUGA